AUGGCUCUCACGAGGAACACUGCAUCCAAGAAGACCGCCUCGAGGCGCCGGGGACCCCCGGGCAUCAGGGACCCUGCAAAGCACGCCGCUGCUGCGACAAAGGCUGCAGUGACGGCCCUCCGCCGGAAGGACGUUCCGACGACCCGCCAGUCUGCUGCGCCUGGCGCAGCGACUCCUUGGGAGAAAAAUGCGAUUGCUCAAGCCCUGCGGAAACCACAGCGGAUUGACCAGGUACGACGCCCGAACCGUACCGAGUUUGUUCGCGAGAGGGCUAUGGCCCACCUUGAGCGCAUUCAUCGCCGCGCUGAGGAGCUCGACAAGGUUCCGAAAACUUCAAAGCUUCCGCCGUGCAAGUACCAGGGGAAUGAGCGGAAGGAAGAGGCAGCCAAGAAUUUACGUGCAUCAGCUCCGACAUUCUUGGUCUAUGCAAAUGACCGUCGUGAUGGGAUUUGUGAUUUUUGCAAGAGGUCUGUAAAAUUGACUGCAGCGCAGAUGGAACAUGCAGAGUUCCUGAAGCGGCGCAAGCGUGUCGGGCGAGUCAUCCUCCUUCUGAGGCCCCAGGUUAGCUCUCAAGUCAGGAAAUCUGGGCCUCAUCUCAAGUACAGCACCGUCCACUGGCACCAUGUCAGUGUGGCAGGCUGCAAACGAUUUGUGGCCAAGGAGGAUGUCCCGAAGAGCCCUGGCUCAAUUCCACUCUCCAAGUUGAAAGGCUUGGAUGUCUCUGGUCUUGACCGGCAGGACAUUGACUCUGUCAUGGCAAGGAUCAAGCGUUGCCACCUCAACCUUGAGCCUGAGCCUGUUCGGGAGGAAGAGGAUCCAGAGCGUGAUAUUGCCUUCCGCGAGAAGAGGGCUAGCCGUGAUGCAUACUUGAGGAAUCGGCGGGAGCUGAUGGAGGUGAAGAAGGCUGAGUCGGAACAGUUGCGGAAAGCGCAGCGGAGGCAAGAGUACGAGGUGAGGAAGGCAAAGCGGAUUGCAGAGGUGGCAGCUGCUGGUGCUACAGCCUCAGUUGAAGGAGGUGAUUUGGUACCAACUCAAAGGGCUUAG